AUGUUUCUACCCUUGUUUGCCCUGUUAGGGCUGCUUUCGCUGGCGUCUGCUGUCAACCUCACCGGUUAUGAGUAUAUUGUGGUCGGGUCUGGCGCUGGAGGUGGUCCCUUGGCCGCGCGACUUGCCCUUGCAGGUCAUAAAACGCUGCUAAUCGAGGCCGGGGACGACCAGGGCGACAACUAUAAUUACACCGUGCCCGCCUUCUCGGCCAAGUCGUCCGAAGAUGAAGCUCUGGCGUGGAACUUCUUCGUGCGCCAUUAUGCCGACGACGAGCAGCAGGCUCGCGAUCCCAAAACCACCUACACCACCCCCGACGGUGGCGAGUAUACCGGUCGGAAUCCCCCCGAGGGCUCGACUAUCAAAGGUGUGCUGUACCCUCGCACUGGUACUCUCGGCGGCUGCACUGCGCAUAAUGCCCUCGUCACCAUAUACCCGUUUCAGUCUGACUUUGAUUCCAUCGCCUCUCUAACCGGCGACUCCUCGUGGUCCGCGGACAACAUGCGCAAAUACUUCAAACGCCUCGAGAAUACCGGAUACUUGCUCCCUAUUCCCGUAGGCCAUGGCCACGACGGAUGGCUGCACACCGACAUCGCGCCGAUCAGUCUCGUGCUGCAAGACCCGCAGCUCCUCAGCCUAGUCCUGGGCGGUGCCUUUGCCAUCGGAAACCUCACCAACACGAUCUUCAAUCUCGGCACGCUCAUCGCCGGCGACGCCAACAAGGACUCCGUCGCCCGUGACACCAAACCGGGGUACUACCAGGUCCCCAUCGCCACCAAAGACGCGCAUCGCAACGGUCCGCGCGAUUUCUUGCGUGCCGUACACGAUGCCACCACACUGACCGGCGCCCAAAAGUACCCCUUGGAUAUUCGCACCAACUGCUUCGUCACCAAAGUCACCUUCGACUCCGACUCCAACUCAUCUUCCACCCCGCGCGCCACCGGCGUCGAAUUCCUCGACGGUCGAUACCUCUACCGCGCCAGCCCUCGCUCAUCGCCGUCCAACACCGGCACACCCGGCUCGGCCACCGCAUCCCGCGAAGUGAUCGUCGCCGGGGGCGUCUACAACUCCCCCCAACUGCUCAAACUCAGCGGCAUCGGACCGAAAGACGAGCUCGAAUCCCACAAAAUCCCCGUCCUAGUCGACCUCCCAGGCGUCGGCACCAACCUACAAGACCACUACGAAGUCGCCGUCCAAGGCCACACGCCCAAAGACUACAGCGUGCUGAAGGGGUGCACCUUCGCUGACGACCCAUCCGACGACCCCUGCCUCGAGCGCUGGGUCCACCCCAUUCUCGGAAACCACGGCACAUACGCCACCGCGGGCUUCGGUGCCACGAUCUACCACAAAAGCCGCGCCGCCGAUACCUCGGACUUCGACCUGUUCGUGUUCGGCGCGCCGGCCAACUUCCACGGCUACUUCCCGGGUUACGCAGUGGAGGCCACCGCCCGACAUGACUGGUUCACCUGGACGGUCUUGAAAGCGCAUCCGCGCAACACAGCAGGCAGCGUGAAACUCGUAUCCUCCGACCCGCUGGACGUCCCCUCUAUCACAUUCAACUACUUCGAAACGGGCGCCGAGGCCGAUCUAGACGCUAUCGCUGAGGGGGUCGAUUUGGCGCGCGACGCCUUCCGUCGACAACUUAUGUCCAUGGAGGAAGUGUUGCCGGGCGAGAACAUCACGACCAAGGACCAGAUCCGUCAGUAUGCUAGGGACACGGCGUGGGGGCAUCAUGCGUCGUGUACGUGUCCGAUCGGGGCGGAUGAUGACCCGAUGGCGGUCCUGGAUUCGAAGUUUCGGGUGAGAGGGGUGAAGGGGCUCAGGGUUGUUGAUGCGUCGGUUUACCCGAGGAUACCGGGGACGUUUACGGCGUUGUCGACGUAUAUGGUUGCGGAGAAGGCGGCGGAGGUGAUAUUGGGGGAUGUUGAGUGA